UUCUCGUUCGCCUCUCUAGUUAAUUUUCUCGUCCACAGACCUCGUUCCAAGUUCCGAAGAGGUUCGCUCUGCCUUAACAACACUCAAAUAUAUAAAAUCCUGAAAAAGAAACGAAAGUGAAACAGUAUGUCAGAACUAUCAAGUGAAUCUCUGAGUGAUCAAGACUACUCCUUCAAAUGGAGCGAUUAUCAAAAUCAUCUGUCGACGGUUGUCAGAGAAUUACUAGAGGAGGAUUGCAUGGUAGAUGUAACGCUAUGUGUUGCUGGAGAACGCAUCCAUGCACAUCGUAUUGUCCUAUGCGCCUGCAGUACCUUAUUCCAAGAAAUUCUGAGUGAAACAAUGGAAGAUCAUCCUAUCAUAAUUAUCAGUGACAUAUCAGCAAAUGAUGUCAGAUCUAUUGUGGAGUUCUCGUAUCAUGGAGAAGUUAGAAUACCUGUGGAGAAUAUUUCUAAUUUAUUGGAGGCUGCACAGCUAUUGAGAAUAAAUGGAUUAAUGGAGAUUGAAGGACUCGAUGAGCAUGAACCUAUUGUCAGCAAGGAGCUAACAGAGGAAAUUAGUAAUCUGGAAAAUUCAUCAGAUAACGAUGGGCGAGAGAUGUUGAAUGCAAUUGAAGGAGACAGUGAAUUACACGAGGACGUUGACCUCGAUGACGAUAAUUCCAUUGAGAGAAAGAGGAGAGGAAAGAAAAAGAGGGAUUACCCGAAGAAGGAGUACAGCGAAGUCAUGCUGGAGACAGCUAUAAGUGACUUAAAGAAUGGAAAAACUUUGAUUGAAGCUUCUAUGAGCAAUAAUAUUCCGAGGUCGACACUCUACAUGAGAGCCAAGGCACUUGGCAUUCAGUUGCAUGCAGCGAGAAAUGAAUAUCCCAUCGAAUGUAUGAAAUCUGCCAUCGAGACGGUUCUCAAUGGUGCAAGUUUGCAACAUGCCUCUGAAAUGUACGGUAUACCAAAGACUGUUCUUUGGAGGCGUAUACAGAAAGAAGGAUAUCAAAUAGUUAGACCGGACAUGAGGAGAGCAUACGCCUCUGAAAAACGAGUUGCUGCUGUUAAAGCACUUGAGAGAGGUGAAAAUCUUACAAAAGUCUCCAAUGAGUUCAAAAUACCGAAAACAACAUUAUUCAGAGACAAAGUAAAACUAGUGGAUGAGGGAAAAUUACCAGAAUCGUUCUGGAAGCGACGAAAAACUGAAGAUGAGGACUUGAAGAAAAGUAGACUCGAGAAAGCAGUUGCAGCUUGCAAAGGUGGUAAAAUGUCGCAAGCUGCAGCAGCCACACUCUAUGGAAUUCCCAAAACCACGAUUUGGAGGAAGUUACAACAGAAAAAUAGGAAGAAUGAGGAUUGCUCCAGCUCCAGAGUUGCAAAGAAACAGAAAAAGAAUGACAAUACUUCUGAAAUAAAGUCUGAAAUGGCAGAUGAGGACUUUUCUCUCUGUGAAGUGAGCUCAGAGAUCCCUAUAACGUACAUCGACGAAGACAGCAUUCCCCAGGAUUCUGUAAUAAUUCUAACAACAGAAGAUGUCGACAGUCUCAACUUGGAGGACAAUCGUCAAAUAAUUGUCAACGCAGAUUCUGGUCAGGAGUUUGUUCCCUGUACAAUAAGCAUAGAGGAGACAAAGUAUUGUCCAGCUGAAAGUUAAAAAGCAUUCGGGAACGACUUUCAGCUAUUGACAUAUGCAUAAAAGCGAAUGAAAUAUAUUGUGAUUUUGAAAAUUUAAUAUUUUAUUGAAAUAGACUUAUUGUAAAGAAAGUUUUAAAUAAAUGAAGUAUUUAA